AUGUUCAUGUGCGGGUAUAGCGUGUUCUGCGUAUAUAGGCUGUUGCGAAGUUUGCAGACGCGUAUUCUAUUAAGGCCUACAAAAGUAGUGUUUUCGCACAAGAAAGAAGGAGAAACUGCUGAGGAAUUGAGGACGGUAGUGGCGUACCAGAAUCCUUUCACGGGCGACUACUGCGUGCACAAGACCCGUGCCCAGCCGCAGGGCUACAUAAACAUUCUUCCGUCGCCGGAUAGCGGCAUGUCGGAUGAAUACGAGCCUCUGCGCUUGCAACCGCCUUGUAGCGAGCCUGUAGGCCCUCAGAUUCAUUCUCCACUGAAGCCAGUCGUUUGCGACAACAGCGUCAACAAGACGUGGAACUGGAACUACAAGGAGUAUCAAAUUUAGAUAAGACACACAUUGUACAUAAUGUAAAGUCAAUAUAACAAACAAACGUCACGUCCUAAACACGCAUAUACCUCUUUCUUAUUA